CAAGCGACCACCGUUCAAACGCUCCGAUGAUGUAAACUUCGCUUGAUUUUCGUGCCCGCAGAUAAACCGAGGACGCGCUGAAUGCUGGGAUUCUGCGGGAACGGGGAGAUCGCAGGACGCCAUCUUUAAACCCCACAAGAGGCCAAGCUCAGUUGUACACCGGGAUGAAAAACAGUGCACCUACAGCAGGUUAUAACUAAGUUCGCGUUGCGGGGAUUGCGCGGUUGUCUGUCGGUUGAAUAAAUAGCGAGCAACAAUCCGAUGGGACUGCGAGGAGAUGCUCGCGGGACACCUCGAGGGGCUUUAAUGCUCUUAUGAGAGGCAGACAACAACAAUAGACAGAAAGACAACAACAACGGACUAGCCGGCUAACUCGCUCGCUAGCAUCCUGCCGAGCGCUGCGCUGCUCUCGGAUGAUACGUGUAGGAGCGUUAGCUUGCGUUGGCUACUUUAUUAGCAAAUCUCCCCGGUCUCGCUGAAUUUUGACCGGACGCCGUUCGUAGCCGGCGGUGGGACUCCAACUACAGCUCCCAGCGAAGUACGCGGGUUUUGCCACUUUUCAGAUAUUUUUCGCCAUAAUUUGCGUGGUGGCUUUAGCUAGCUAACAGCUAAGUCCCGACUUCUCCCCCUCCCCAGCGGCCCAGCCGGAGAUGCGUGGAAGAUGUCGGUGUCGGGGCUAAAGGCCGAACUGAAGUUUUUGGAGUCCAUUUUUGAUCCAAAUCACGAACGCUUCAGGAUCAUUGACUGGAAACCCGACGAGCUGAGCUGCCAGUUUAAUGUAACUGGGGAAAAGCUGUUAAUUAUACACUGUAACAUAACGGAAUCGUAUCCAUCUACGCCGCCAAUAUGGUUUGUGGACUCCGAUGACCCGAGCUUGGCGCAAGUUUUGGAGCGGUUGGAAGACGUGAGAAAAGGCAGCACCCUGCUUUUGCAGCAGUUGAAAAAGCUCAUUUGUGACCUUUGUCGGCUGUAUAACCUUCCCCAACAUCCCGAUGUAGAGAUGCUGGACCAGCCCCUCCCUGCCGGCCCUGUGGGGCCAGACCGAAAGCAUGGGACAGAGGAGGUCACAUCUGAAGAGGAGGAGGAGGAAGAGAUGGGGGAGGACAUAGAAGACUUGGACCACUAUGAAAUGAAAGAGGAAGAGCCUGUGGAUGGGAAAAAAUCGGAGGAUGAUGGUAUUGAGAAGGAGAAUCUUGCCAUCCUGGAGAAGAUACGAAAGAACCAAAGGCAGGACCACUUAAAUGGAGCUGUGUCUGGUUCAGUGCAAGCCUCUGACCGCUUGAUGAAGGAGCUUAGAGAGAUCUACAGAUCUCAGAGUUACAAGACAGGCAUCUAUUCUGUUGAGCUUGUUAACGACAGCCUGUAUGAAUGGCACGUCAAACUAAGGACAGUGGAUCCAGAUAGCCCCUUGCACAGUGAUUUACAAGUUUUAAAGGAGAAGGAAGGAAUGGAUUACAUUUUACUAAACUUCUCAUAUAAAGAUAAUUUUCCCUUUGAUCCACCGUUUGUCCGGGUGGUUUCACCUGUGCUUUCUGGAGGUUAUGUUCUUGGAGGAGGUGCCCUGUGUAUGGAACUUCUUACCAAACAGGGUUGGAGCAGUGCCUAUUCCAUUGAGUCUGUCAUCAUGCAGAUCAAUGCCACUUUAGUUAAAGGAAAAGCCAGAGUGCAGUUUGGAGCCAAUAAAAACCAGUACAAUCUUGCCAGAGCACAGCAGUCCUACAAAUCCUUGGUUCAGAUCCAUGAAAAGAACGGCUGGUACACACCCCCAAAGGAGGACGGGUAAAUGGACUAUUGCCUUUCCUACACUGGGACCAUAUGUCUUAGUUUUUUCUGGUUGUGUUUUUUUUUUUUUUUUUCUUGCGACCAUUUUUUUUUAACCUGCAAAACCACUUUGUUCAUUCUAUUUGAAAUACAAACCAAAUUCCUCGUUCAGUGACAACCCAGAAACUAGCACACAAACACCCAGACUCGCUCACUCGCGUACCUCCUACGUUGCUCAUCAGCUUGCGAGGGUGUCCUCUCCAGAUAUUUCUCUCUCUGUGUACAUCCUGGUGUCUGAUACAGUCAUCUUUUCCCAUUGUGACAUUCAUUCCGUACUCGAGGAAAAAGUUGGACUAAAUUGUGUGCAAUCCCACCUUUGGUUUUGGUGUUGAGCAUGCCAAGGUUACUUGCUGCGUGUUGAAAGGUGCGGCAUGGCUUUAUCCUCAAGGCAGUGGCAAUCUGAUGCUUCAAGUCGCUGGACUCUCCCUCUCUGGCCACAAACUGGAUCUGAGAACGGCAUGCAGCGCUCCCUGACAUGGUGCAGUGGUGACUGAUAAGGACAUUUAUCCAUGGACAGCCUCUGUAAUAUUGUGCUCCUGUAUUAUAUAUGUAAUGCCAAGAUCCCUCCUCUGGAAUAAGAUGUGUCUGAGGCUAGCUUGCUUUCAAACUUCUUAUCAUUAAAAGCUUGAAGCCCUGAGAUGGAGAGGAACAUGGAGACCUUUGCAGCCUGGUACAGCCUGUAAUGAAGAACAACAUCCUACUGAGCUCUGAAGUUGGAGACCACUGUCAUGAUCCCAACCAGCAGCUAGACCGCCCCCUGCAGGCGAGGCUUGGCGUGCAGCGAGGCUACACAACAAACAUGACCAGGCGCAGCAGGGCCUUGUUUGGAAAGGAUCACACUGUAAUGUAGUUGAUUUUAACUCCUCAUGUAAACAUGUAAAUUUGUAUUUCUGCAAAAGGAUUUAAUUGUUUAUAAUGUAACCUUGUCUGGGUCUUUGGCUGAGCAGAGACUGUAUUACCUGACACCCCUGACCGUUACCAGCAGGGGCACUGCAACUUCACAAGCCCCGAUAAGAAUAAGAAGUUGUUGCUUCGUUGAUAUUCUUGCAGAAUGAAACUAAAGUACACGGUGUUGUUACAUAAGCUUAACGACUACUGCAGUUUGGUUCCUUUUUAUUUUAAUAUUGAUUUGUACUCCUUGUGAAAACUGGCGAUGGCGACCGUUCCCCUUUUUGUGAUGGCGCCUCUUGAGACGCAGCAGUUUGGAGUUUGGCUUUUCAUAUCUACUCAUUCAAACCAGAUGGACCUCAGUAAGGCUAUGCAGCGGAGACGGCUCGCCGAGUUUUGUUGUACUGGGAAAAAAAAAAAAACUUAGUCUUAAGAGCUUAACACUGUAGUCAUCUGCUUAGUUCUUGUAACUGGUUCACAUCCUGACCACUUUGCCAAUCCUGCAGUUGUGGAAAAAAAAGUGACCUUUACCCUUUAGGACUUUUCCUUGACCUCGUGGCUGUAUUUUAUAUUAAAAACACAGUUAGAGUUUCAAAUUCACAGCAAUAGUGUUGAGCAUAAACCGUCUGGCUUCACCCCUGGGAAGAUCGCCUGUCGUCUCUUCCAUUUCCAGAGUACUUGUUGGUGAAUAUUUGUGUAGAUUUGCCACAGGAGGGACCCGGGUCUUCCCACUUCCACCUCUCUGGUUACUAUUCAUGACCACUCUCAGCACCGCUGUACCCGCCAGCAUGCUGGGUCCUUUAUGUAAUGUGAAUAAUAUGCAGAAAACUAUGUGGAGCGUUCCCGUUAAUGCAGUUACGCGUUUCUUGUGGCUGUUCUAUUGUGUGGUUACUUGCAUUGUUUUGAGUAUAUUGUCCUGAAAACCAGCAUAGAAAGCUUAGUUAUGCUUAUUCACAUGGUCAUUCCUCGUUUUUUGAGUUGGUUCAGAGUUUCCUCAGCGACGUCAGUCACGGUGACCCACUCCUUCAAACAAUUAAAGACGGGUGUGAAAGGUGCAGCUUGUCCGACGUCGGGCCGAGCGCCGUCCUGCUUCCGUUUCACGACGAGCAGACUUGUGAUUGCGGCUCGUUGGCAUGGCUGUCGCUGUUGUGGUGCCACCGGUGACGCGCUCAUCGCUCCAUUCUGGUCACAUCGUCGAGGCCACCGCUGCGUUCUCUGGAGAAGCAAACUCAGGAAUUCAUACUGCACACUCAACCUUGCUGAGGGAUUGCUUCAGAAAAUCAGAAUGGAGCGCCGGAUUGAAUGUGUCGACCUUUUUUGGGGCCGUUUUUGAAAGCGAGGCCCCAGCGUUACCAGUAGACAUUUGCGGUGUGUUUAUCUGUCCGAUUGCACACACAGAUCUUACUGAAGGCUGUCGCGCUUGAUGAAUAAUUACUGAGCGAGUUGUUGGAAUGAUCGGUGGAGUCGGGCUUUGCUCGUGACGAGGGCUUCAGAACACAUUUACUCUGUCUCCUUGAUAUUGCUGUAUUUUGCAUGUCAGUAUAUCAAUGAGUGUUUUCCCCCCAAGCUACUGAAAAGAGUGGUUGGAAAGUGUUUUUCCAU